UGGUUCACUCAUUUCUUGAGAAACCACUACUGUACUGGUGGAGAGAAAAAGUCAUCCCACCCGUUCCGAUUGUACUGGUGGUGUUCUAUCAUCAUAAUGAACCUUUGAUGUGAUGUUUCAUAUGCCCUCUGCUGUGCUAGUAGUCUUCUUCAUCAUUGAACAGUGGUUUUUGGUUUACUGCAUUUCUAUUGUCUCUGGUUCAAUCAACUCACCUUCACCAUGCUGAUGCACAC